AUGCCGCCACUUUACCUCCUACUCCCCUACGUAUGGUGGCAACUAGAUGACUUUUGUACGUCCCAUCUCAAAACAUUUUCUCUAAAACAUGUCCUCUCACAAUCAUCAAUUAACAAAGCCUACUAGUCAUCGGUCAAGCAAGAACCGCCGGCUUAUCAGCCGCUUUCAAACUAAAACCAAAAGAAUCCGAAGAAAUUUACACAAUCCCAAAAUUCGUCUUAAUCGCAUUCACGUGGCUUAUUCUCCUCUUCCGGUCCCCAAAUAUCAAUGUUUGUACCCUCUUGCUACUUGCUACGAGUAUACAGACUUUGCUGGUACUAUGUCAAACCAUAGUCCCAAAUACGGAGUGUUUGUUGAUCGUGCGGUCACUACUUGGGAUUGGUGGUGCAGUAUUUCCUGGGGUACUGUUGAUGGGGGGUGAAAGUGGAAUAAUGGCUGCGUUAUUCGUUGCCGUUUCACCCGCUGAGAUUGCUAUUGCUGGACCGCUUCUUUCGGGCGUGGUUACUCUGUUAAAGGGUUUCUCGGUUCUGUCAUGGCAAUUGCUUUUCGCAUUCCAUGGGAUACUUGGACUCAUAGUCGUCCUCGUACUCUGGUUCAAAUUCCCCCAUUCGAUGUCCGUCACCAACACCUCAUGCAUGGUCCAAGGCCGAAGUGGCCCAAAGAAUCAGAACCGGAGACAAAGGCUCCCAGAGAUCCUCAAAUUGAAAAGUCUUGUACUUAUUGCAAUAACCAUAUGCUGCAGUCUAUCAAUAGCUCCAACACCCUCCUACCUCUCAAACCACCACAAUCUAUCCUUCGUCUCAAUGCCAUACUUCUUCUUUACCAUAAUCUCAGACCUAAAUUCAACACACCUAAUGUUCAACCUCCUAACCAUGGCACCAUACCUAAUAUGCCUCAUCGUCCUCUCCAUCAUGGUGACAACAUUCUCUCACCACCCAACAUCUGCCCGCCUCCUCACAUCAUCUCUCCUCUCCACCUCGGGCUUCGCAUUCCUGUCCUUAUCCGCUCUCCACGACUGGCCCCUCAUCUUCUCAUACCUCGCAAUAUUUCCCUCCCUCAUCGGCACAUACGUAUCUCAAACACUCAUCCUCUCCUUCGCCUUAUCCACGCAAUAUCCCAACCUCCUCCUCACCCUCCUCCUAUCCACAAGCCAACUAUCAACUCUCUUCUCCCCCUCCGGCCUUAAACCCUGGUGGCGAUCUGAGGAUGAACCUGCGCACCCUCGAGGUCUGGGUGCGUGCGCAGCGUUGAUGGGUUUGAGCGUUAUUCUGGCUCUGGUUUUGAGGUGGAGGGGGGGAGGUAUUAGGGGAAAUGAUGGCUACAAGUUUGUUGGUGGGGAUGAGGAGGAGUUUGGUGUGUUGAUGGAGCUGGGCAGUAAGGAGAGCCAGAACAGAAUCGUAUCCGAAGGAGUU